AUGAGCGAUGCAAAUGUAACAGCAACAGAUUCAUCUACUAAUGAGGGUGAACCCAGUGGAAGUGUGGGAGAUAAUAAUAAGGGUUCUCCUUUGUGGAAAUUUGUUACGGUCCUUGUUCAACCUAAGAAAGGUGAAGGAGGCAAUUGUACAUUCAAGUGUCAUUUUUGCAAUGGUACUUUCCAUGGAUCACAUUAUAGAGUGAGGUUGCAUCUUCUCAAGAUUAGUGGCAAAGGGAUUAGAAUAUGUAGGUCAAUCCCGGACGAGAAGAAAAGAGAGGUUGAAGGCUUGGUAGAAGCUUAUGAGACCGGUAAAAAGAGAGGACAACCUAGACUAGUUCCUCUCCCUUCAUCAAGCAUUGAAGGUUCUUCAAGUGGAAGUACAUAUGGGCUAGAUUUAAUGGAUGAAGUAGUGGAGGUUCCAAAGAAGAGGAAGGGAGUAAGUGGACCGCUUGAAAAGGCGUUCAAUAACAAUGCUAGAGAACAAUUGGAUUGUGAAAUAGCAAGAAUGUUUUAUACCGGUGGUUUGUCAUUCAACCUUGCCAAGAAUCCACACUAUAUUCGUUCUUAUAAUCGGGCUGCUUCUUGUCCAAUUCCUGGUUAUCGGCCACCUGGUUAUAAUGCUUUGAGAACCACUCUUCUACACAAAGAAAGGAUGCACAUUGAGAAGAUGUUGGAACCGAUUAAGCUCUCAUGGCAACAAAAGGGUGUUAGUGUGUGUAGUGAUGGGUGGUCCGAUUCUCAAAGAAGACCACUUAUCAAUGUUAUGGCAGCUUGUGAAUCUGGACCUAUGUUUUUGAGAGCAGUGAACUGUGAAGGGGAUUUGAAAGACAGGUUCUUCAUUUCUGACUUGCUCAUUGAUAGUAUUUUGGAGAUUGGUCCACAACAUGUUGUCCAGGUAAUCACUGAUAAUGCUAGCAAUUGCAAAGCUGCUGGAGCUAUUAUUAAUGCUAGAUUUCCACACAUAUUUUGGACUCCAUGUGUUGUGCAUACACUAAACCUUGCUUUGAAGAACAUAUGCACACCAAGUUCCAUUACUUCUAAUAAGGUUGCUUAUGAUGCAUGUAAUUGGAUUUCACAAGUUGCUGAGGAUGUGUGGUUCAUAAAGAAUUUCAUUAUGAACCAUGGUAUGAGGUUGGCUAUGUUUAAUGAGCACUCCCACUUGAAGGUGUUAUCCAUUGCUGAUACACGCUUUGCAUCCAUUGUUGUGAUGCUUAAGAGAUUUAGGAAGAUCAAGCAAUCUCUAGAACGGAUGGUGAUAAGUGAUCAAUGGGAAGCUUAUAGAGAUGAUGAUGUGACAAAAGCAAGGGCCGUGAAAGACAUGAUAUUAGAUGAUGAUGCUUGGGCAAAGAUUGAUUACAUACUUGCCUUCACAUUACCCAUCUAUGAGAUGCUUAGGAGGCUAGGAGUGAUACGGAUGAGCCAUGUCUUCACAAGGUUUAUGAGUGGUGGGAUGCUAUGAUUGAGCAAGUAAAGGCCGCUAUCUAUAAACAAGAAGGCAAAGAACAUGAAGAGCCUUCGGAAUUUUAUGAUGUGGUGUACACGAUUUUGCUAGCAAGAUGGACCAAGAGUUCCUCACCUCUUCAUUGCAUGGCACAUUCAUUGAAUCCAAGAUAUUAUAGCAUGGAAUAUCUUCAUGGAGCUCCUAAUCGUCUUCCUCCACAUCAAGAUAGUGAGAUUUCUAAGGAAAGAAAAGAAUGUCUUAAGAAAUACUAUGCUAAUGAAGAGGAAAGACGAAGUGUGAAUGAGGAGUUUGCCUCUUUUUCGGCAUGCUUGGAUGAAUUUGCAAGUAGUGAUUCUAUCAAUGAUAGAGGUAAGAUGCCACCAAUGAAAUGGUGGGUUGUCCAUGGAUCUAGUACACCAAAUCUCCAAAGGUUAGCUUUAAAGCUACUAGGACAACCUUGUUCCUCCUCAUGUUGUGAAAGAAAUUGGAGCACCUACAAGUUUAUUCACUCUUUGAGGAGGAAUAGGAUUACACCACAAAGAGCCGAAGAUUUGGUGUUUGUGCAUAAUAAUCUUCGGCUUUUAUCAAGGAGAACUCCA